AUGGGCCAAAACAGGAAUUUAAUGUUUUUUAUUAGAAUUAAUGUCUUUAUCGUUUUGACUUGGAUAUAUCAUAUUGAUGACAAGAUGGUUACCAUUAAUAAAAAUUUCUACAGAAAGAAUGACAUUUAUAGAAUAUUAUGCAAAAAAACCUGGGGAUUCCUUGGAAAACGUACAGAGGGAGAUGAUUCAAAUAUUGUAAGUGUAAAAAAUGAUAUACCUAUUAUUGUAGAAGAAAUAUUAUAUAAAUCUAGAAAUAUAAAAGUAAUCGAUGAAGAAAACUUAGACAAAUUAAGUAAAAACAAAAAUUAUAGUAGUGUUACGAAUUCCGAAUCCGGGAAUUUAAAGGGAAAGGUAGAUAUUAAAUAUAUUUUUCUUUUUAUUUUACCUAUAUUUCUCUUAUUAGUUGAAUUGAUAAUGUUUUUAUGUGAUAGAUUGUUGUUUACAAAUUCGGAUAGUGGGUCUAGUACAUUGCAUAAUAUGACAAUAAUAAAUAUAGGAGUUAUAUCAUCUCUGACAUUUAUAAUUAUAUUAGUGAUUAUCUUUAUCUGUAUAAAAAUUAAAAAAAAAGAAAAAUCAAAGCGUUUAAUAAAUGAAACAAAUAAUUAG